AUGCAAUUCGGUGGGCGACGCGAGGUGUCGCUGCGCGGGGCAAGCGCGCGCGAGGUGUCGCGGAACGCGCUGCUGAACAAGGUCGCGGAAGAGCGUGCGGCGCGCAGCAAGGCCCGCAAGUCCGCCGCUUCUGCCGCGCUCAUUCAGCGUGUGUGGCGCGGUAGGAAAGCAGCUUGCGUCGCUCGCCAGCUCGUCCAAUCGGAGUGGGACACGUGGCAUGCUUCCCGCAUGGCAGCGGCAGGGGGGCAGCCCCCAGCGCCCCUCACAGCAGAUGAAGUUUCUCAGAAGCUUCUGGCGCCGGUGCUGUUCUUGCUGUGGGAUGCACGGAAAAGGGAGUGGAGAAUUGGAGGGAGGGGGGAGGGGGAGAAAGGGGAGCACAGGGGGAAAGGGGGAGCGACUGGAGCAGGGGCGGGGGGUGGAGGAGCAGGAAAGGAAAUGCAGCGGUUGCAGUCGGUGCUAGUGUGGCUGUUGAAAAGUCUGGACUCUCCAGAUCCUGCUACCAACUUCUGCUCCUUGGCCGUUGGCACCCAAUCACAGCGCGCCACGUGGCAGCAUCAAGCACAUCGAAUGGUUUCCCUCUGCACGCCCUCUCUCCUACUCACUGUCCUCGCCAUGCGUGUCCACGUGUCACUCUGUGACACUGCCACGUGGCGCUUCCUCAACUCGCCAGCUGUCACCGCCUCCUCCUCCCCUGAUAGCACCCUGGCAGCAGCAGAGGCUCAGUUUGCUGCCCGCAUUCGAGUUUUAGCGCGUCUCAAAAUUCCACUCUCUUAUCUCUGUCCUUUGAUUGCAGCGUGGGCAUCAUUGGCAGCAGAUCAGUUUGCUUUUGAGACGUCUCAAAAGUCUACCUGCCCAUCCCUGCCGUCCCUCCCUUCCAUUCCUUUCAAUGCAGCGUGGGCAUCUCUGGCAGCUGAUCAGUUUGCUGCCCGCAUUCAAGUUUUAGCGCGCCUCAAAGUUCCACUCUCUUAUCUCUGUCCUUUCAAUGCAGCGUGGGCAUCUCUGGCAGCUGAUCAGUUUGCCGCCCACAUUCUCACCAUCCCACUGCUGACGUGGCGCCGGCCGUCUCCCCUCCUCCCUGCCUUGCGCCACCUGUCAGCCCUUCAGCCCUGCCUCCUCUCAUGCCUGCCGUCCAACCGUGCCUCCUCUCCUGUCUGCAACCGUCUCCCCUCCUCCCUGCCUUACACCACCUGUCAUCCCUUCAGCCCUGCCUCCUCUCCUGCCUGGGCUGGUUCGUCCCGACCCUUUUUCUCUGCUCUGUGCCCCUCCCUUCCUCGUCCCUUUCUUCCCUCCUGUGUACCUGCAUCUCUCUCCGCUCUUGCAGCGCAAAGCUCCUUCAAAGUGACUUUUGAGUCGACUCAAAAGUCCUCUCCCUUCCUCGUCCCCUGCUUCCCUCCUGUGUACCUGCCUCUCUCGUCCCCUGCUUCCCUCCUGUGUACCUGCCUCUCUCGUCCCCUGCUUCCCUCCUGUGUACCUGCCUCUCUCUCCCCUCCUUGCCCCUGUGCCCCACCCCUUUGCCACCCGAUCCACCCCGUCCCCUUCUUCCCUGCUGUGUGCCUGCCUCUUUCUCCCCGCCGUGCAGCGCAAAGCCCCUUCAAAGUGACUUCUGAGUCGACUCAAAAGUCCUCUCCCUUCCUCGUCCCCUUCUUCUUCCCUCCUGUGUACCUGCAUCUCUCUCCCCUCCUUUGCGCAAAGCCCCUUCACCCCACCCGUCGCCACCCGACCCGGCGAGUCCUCCCUCUCCUGAACGUUCUGGCAUUCACUCGUGAGGUUCUCACAGGGCUGUGGCACUGGCUGGUGGCGCACUGCCGUAUCUCCAUCUCCCAGGCCUAUGCUGAGAGUGAGGGGAUACAGGGUGGUUUGCAGGGGGUGCAGAGUGGUGCACAGGGAGUGCAGAGUGGUGGUGGUGGUGGUGGUGGUGCUGCUGCUGCUGGUGCUGGUGGUUCUGGUUCUGCUGGUGGCGGGAGGACAAGAGAGGGGUCUAGCAGGAGGAGAAACAGAGGGGGGAGAGAAGGGAGCAGGCACGGGGGAGUGGCUGGUUCGUUUCAGCUGCCCCAGUUUUCGGGCAGCUGGUUCCCAAGGUCGUUUCUGGAAGGGUAUGGGGGAGGUGGAGAAGGGGGGGAGGGAAGGGCAGAGGAGGAUGAGUGGGGUUCUCAGGGAGGAGGGUUAGCAGGCAGAGGAAGGGGAGGGGGAGAGAGUAGGGGCGUUGACCGUGUUGACCGCAUGCAGACAGAUUCUGCCGGCCAAGGAGGGCCGCCCGGGAGUGCGGGUGAUGAUGACGCUGCACUGGCUGCGUUCUUGGGCGGGCGACAGACUGGGGUGGCUGCUGACGUGGCAGUGGUGAUGACUGUGUUCUGCAGGGCGUAUGCCCACCUGCUGCUCGUUCUGGAUGAUGAGGAGUUCUACCAGAGACAGAUCCCUUUCUCUCUUUCCGAACAAAGGGUCAUCGCAGCCACCCUCAACACCCUCGUUUACAACACACUCAUCUCCUCCCCCUCCUCCUCCUCCCCGUCCCCCUCCUCUUCCUCAUCCGCCUCCGCCGCUUCCCCGCUCACCCCUUCGCAAUCCGCGCUACUAGAAGCAGCCACUCGCUGCCUCCUCCCUCUGCACGACCGCGACUGUAGAAGAGCCUUCUGCGAACCCUCCCUCUGGCUGGCCCCCGCCGAUCGCCGCCCCCCACCUGUCAUCUCGGCAGCAGGCAGAGAAGAAGGGAGCAGAGGGGAAGGGGAGAAGGGCAGGGAGCAGCAGAGCGGGUCUGCGAUGGCUGCUGUGCUGCGCACGCUGCCCCACGUGCUGCCGUUUGAACAGAGGGUGCACAUAUUCCGCGAGCUCAUUCAAGCGGCCAAGGCGCGGCACGGGCUGGGGGUGACUCUCAUACCCUCCACCCUUCACCUCCCCACCUCGCUCUCGCUCGCCUCUCUCGUGUGUCCUCUCAGGGUGCACAUAUUCCGCGAGCUCAUUCAAGCGGACAAGGCGCGGCACGGGCUGGGAGCGACGCCCGGCAUGGGCAUGGUGCGGCCCGUGGUGGACGUGUCCGUGCGGCGGGACUUGCUCUGCUCGUGGCAAGGAAGGCGCGCAGUUGGUGUGACAGGCUCAAACCCCUCACCUGCCCCUCUUCCCCACUCCUUCUUUGGCUUUUCCUUCUGCUCUCCCUGUCUCUCUCCUCAGGGUGCACAUAUUCAGGGAGCUCAUCCAAGCGGACAAGGCGAGGCAUGGAUUAGGGGCUACCCCCGGCAUGGGCAUGGUGCGGCCCGUGGUGGACGUGUCCGUGCGGCUGCCCCUCUUUCCACUCCCCACUCGGCUGUUUCUUGUGGCCCCCAUGCCCCACUUCUCUCUUCUCAGAGUGCACAUAUUCAGGGAGCUGAUUCAGGCGGACAAGGCGCGGCACGGAUUAGGGGCUACCCCCGGCAUGGGCAUGGUGCGGCCUGUGGUGGACGUGUCCGGCGCAUCACGGUGCGGCCCGUUGUGGACGUGUCGGUGCGGCGGGAUCUGCUCGUGGAAGAUGCGUUCGUGCGCCUCAACCAACUCGGAACCAUGCUCAAGGUACCACUUGACACUUGUGAAUUAUAUGGUGCUGUGGGAGUGACAAGUGCAGUGCCACCGACCCACCUGGUGGUGGACGUGUCGGUGCGGCGCGACCUGCUUGUGGAAGAUGCUUUCGUGAGACUCAACCAGCUGGGACUGAUGCUCAAGGUGCUGUGGUGGCAGUGCAGCCCAAACCCACCCACCCACCCACCGGUCGUGGUGAAUGUGUCGAUGCGGCCCAUGGUGGGCGUGACGGUGCGGCGCGACCUGCUUGUGGAAGAUGCAUUUGUGCGACGCUUUGAGAGGCGCUUUGAGAGGCGCUUUGAGAGGCGCUUUGAGAGUGACAGGGCGCAGCACGGGAUGGGCAUGGUGCGGCCUAUGGUGGACGUUUCUGCGAGGCGCGACCUGCUCGUCGAGGAUGCAUUCGGCCGUGUGCGCGUGUCAUUUGUGAACGCGUUUGGAGCGGAGGAGAUAGGCAUGGACCAGGGCGGACUCUUCAAAGAGUUCCUCACUGACCUCGCUAAAGCGGCCUUCGACCCAGGGUAA